AACUUUUGUAUACAAUCACAUUAUCAAAUAAGCAAUUAUAUUAUAUAUGCAAGACUACAUAUACAUAUAAUAUAAGGACAUACCAAAAUAAGAUAAAAUUUUGUUACAUUAAGGUUUUGUGAGAGAUAAGAUGGACAAAACUCCACCUGAUUCCAAUGCUCAUUUGAUAGAUAUACAAGAAGUAUUGUCAGAAGAAGAUGAAGGAACGACGUCGAAAACAAUAACAGCGCCUCAGAAACCGGAGAAACGAGGGAGGGCGAGGCCGGUAAGGCUUCAAGAGCCAGCAAGAAGGGCAGGAAACAAAAGUAGCCUAAGUAGACAAGUCUCUCUUGAAACAGGAUUCUCUGUUUUAAGAGGGAAUCAACAAAAUGAGAGAGUUGCACUUAGUAGGAGUGGAAGAAGUCUUGGAGGUUUAGGUGCAAAAAGUAGUGGUGCUGUUGUUGGAGAAGUUAAAAAGGGUGAUUUUAGCAUGUUUAAGACAAAAUCAUCUCUUACUAAGCAGAAUUCUUUGAUGCAUAUGAAAAAGGAAAGUGCUAAUGAGGUGGAUUAUAAUCAGAAGAUUAAUAAUAAUAACAAUAUUAGUAAUUAUAACAAUUUUAAUAAUAAUAACAACAAUAACAAUAAUAAUAACAUUAAAAAUAAUAAUAACAAUAAAAAUAAUAAUGGGUCUCAACACUCUCAAGGUGGAGAUGAUUCUGUUCCUGCAGGAAGAUACUUUGCUGCUCUCAGAGGUCCUGAGCUAGAUCAAGUGAAGGACUAUGAUGACAUUCUUUUACCCAGGGAUGAAACAUGGCCAUUUCUGCUCCGAUUCCCAAUAGGUUGUUUCGGUAUAUGCCUUGGCCUCAGCAGCCAAUCCAUCUUAUGGAAGGCGUUAUCAAUCAGCCCGGCGAUGAAGUUCCUCAAAGUAACCCCUUUUAUUAACCUAGUACUCUGGAUCCUAGCCCUGCUCAUUUUAGUAUUGGUGUGUACCACUUAUCUACUCAAAUGCAUAUUCUACUUUGAAGCAAUCAAAAGAGAAUACUUCCAUCCUGUUAGAGUUAACUUCUUCUUUGCUCCAUGGAUUGUAGCUAUGUUUAUGGCCAUAGGAGUACCCCCAAGAAUAGCACCAAACACCCUUCAUCCUGCUGUUUUUUGUGUGUUUGCCAUACCAACAUUCAUCCUCGAACUUAAGAUCUAUGGUCAAUGGCUUUCUGGAGGAAGACGGCGUUUAAGCAUGGUAGCUAACCCGUCUUCUCAUCUGUCAGUUAUUGGAAACUUUGUUGGUGCCAUUUUGGGAGCCAGGGUGGGGUGGAAAGAACCUGCAAAGUUUCUGUGGGCAGUAGGUUUCGCGCAUUACCUUGUAGUGUUUGUUACUCUUUAUCAAAGAUUGCCUACGAGUGAAACAUUGCCUAAGGAGCUACACCCUGUAUACUGUAUGUUCAUCGCAACCCCGGCUGCAGCUAGCAUUGCAUGGGAGGCUAUUUAUGGUGAGUUUGAUGGUUUAUCAAGGACUUGCUUCUUCAUUGCCUUGUUUCUCUAUAUUUCACUUGUCGUUCGACCCACCUUCUUCACUGGCUUCAGGUUUUCAAUGUCAUGGUGGUCAUAUACUUUCCCGAUGACCACUGCAUCAAUCGCUACUAUCAAGUAUGCAGAGCAGGCACCCUCGAUAGGAAGCAAGGGCCUAGCUCUAUCCCUCUCAUUUAUGUCUAGUACAAUGGUGGCCAUACUAUUCAUCUCAACCAUUCUACAUGGCUUUGUCUGGAAAACUUUGUUCCCAAAUGAUCUUGCCAUUGCCAUAGCAAAGAGGAAGCAAGGGAAGGAACAUAACAAGAAGCCUAAAAAAGCAAAUGGUAUAAGGCGAUGGACAAAACAGUCUCCCCUUUCCCUUGUUUCGUCUAUGACUAAGAACAACUCAUAAGCAAGGGCAUCAAGAGAUGAAA